AUGGCAGAAGCUGUCAAGAGCGGCAUCAGCAAUCUGAUGGAUACACUGCACCUCACAUCGAAGGAGAAAAAAGGUGUUGCCCCUUCAGAACCAUCAGAGCAAGAUCUCAACUCUUUGAGGGAGAAGUAUGGCAGAGCAAAGCAGGACCAGGUUUUUGCUUUCUAUGACCAGCUAAGUGUUGCGGAAAAAGCCUCGCUUUACGAUCAGCUCCUGCGAUUCGAUCCUGACCGAAUUAACCACCUCGCCGAUGUUGCCCUCCACCCCCCCAAAAGCUCCGAUGACAAGGGCGAACCAUCGAUAGAACCUUUGCCAGAGUCAGCCACAGCAUCAGUACUUGACUCGAAUCCUGAAGAUAUCCAGAAAUGGUAUCAAUCCGGUCUGGAGCAUAUUGCCAACAACAAGGUUGCCGUGGUGUUGAUGGCAGGCGGUCAAGGCACAAGGCUGGGAAGCUCCGCACCGAAAGGGUGCUUUGAUAUUGGGCUACCAAGUCACAAGUCUCUUUUCCAGCUGCAGGGAGAGCGUAUAUGGAAGAUCCAACAACUGGCACGUAAAGAGUUCGAGAAGGAAGAGGUCGUCGUGCCUUGGUACGUGAUGACCAGUGGUCCAACAAGGGCCCCUACGGAGAAGUUCUUUGAAGAACACAACUACUUUGGUUUGCAAAAAGAGAAUGUCUACAUCUUCGAGCAGGGAGUGCUGCCAUGCAUCUCGAACGAUGGCAAGAUUUUAAUGGAGGGCAAGUCGAAGGUGGCCGUUGCACCCGACGGUAAUGGCGGUCUCUAUCAAGCUCUUCUGACUUCCAACGCCCGUACGGACAUGAGGAAGCGAGGAAUCGAGCACGUUCAUGCCUACUGUGUGGACAACUGCUUGGUCAAGGUUGCCGAUCCAGUGUUCAUCGGUUUCGCAGCAUCCAAGAACGUUGACAUCGCUACGAAAGUGGUCAGGAAACGAAAUGCCACCGAGCCUGUUGGUCUAAUUCUGCUGAAAAAUGGCAAGCCGGAUGUGGUCGAAUAUUCAGAAAUCAGCAAAGAUGUUGCCGAAGCAACGGAUCCUAAGCAUCCCGAUGUGCUGAAAUUUCGAGCUGCCAACAUCGUCAAUCACUACUACUCGUUUCGAUUUCUUGAGACCAUUGAGGACUGGUCACAGAAGCUGCCACAUCACGUUGCGCGCAAGAAGAUUCCCCACGUGGAUACCCAAAGUGGCGAGACGAUCAAGCCGGAAAAGCCUAAUGGAAUUAAACUUGAGCAAUUCGUCUUUGAUGUUUUCCCAUUCCUCUCGCUGGAGCAGUUUGCCUCGUUUGAGGUUGACCGAAAGGACGAGUUUUCACCACUGAAAAACGCUAGAGGAACCGGGGAAGACGAUCCUGAUACAAGCAGAAAGGACAUCUUGGACCAAGGGACACAGUGGGUCAAAGCUGCGGGUGCUACAGUCAUCAGCGACAGUGGCACAGAAGCGGAAGUUGAAGUUUCUCCACUGAUCAGCUACGGCCGAGAAGGGCUACAAUAUCUCAAAGGCCGUGAGAUCAAAUCUACUGCUGUCAUCGAGAAGGACCCUGAGAGAUGA